UCAUCGUUUUCAAUUUCAUAGCAAAAGGCUAUGACGUCUCUUUUGAUUGGUGGAGGAAUCACUGUGAAGCCCCCAAUUCCGUUUUCCCCAUCAAGUCUAGCUUCCUUCAAUUUCGCAGCUCCCUCUUUUUCGCAUAAUAAACCGAUUACUAUUUCACGGCCUCUGAAAUUGGCAGCUGCUGCUUCUUCCAUGGCGAGUCAGCAGAGUUCAGUCGAAGCGUCUACUUCUGUCCCCGAUUCUUCCAUCAAGCUCCUCUUUGUUGAAAUGGGCGUCGGCUACGAUCAGCACGGACAGGAUAUUACAUCAGCGGCAAUGCGGGCUUGUAGGGAUGCCAUUUCCUCCAAUUCAAUUCCUGCUUUCAGAAGAGGCUCUAUACCCGGUGUUUCAUUUGCUGAGAUGAAACUGCAGAUUAAGUUGGGAGUCCCUCGACCUCUCCAGCAUUUGUUGGAUAUCAAUAAGGUCAAGUCAGUUUUUCCUUAUGGAGCGAUAACGAAUGUUGAAGUUGUGGAUGGUGGGCUCAUAUGCUCAAGUGGCGUGGAAGUUGAGGAAAUGGGAGAUAAGAAUGACAACUGCUACAUUGUCAAUGCGGCUGUCUAUGUUGGCUACUAAUUAAGUUGAUGUAUACAAGGAUAUUGUCAAUUUCUUACCUGAAGAGAAGUGGUGCUGCUGCACAGACAAGUUGGCUGCAAGUCUCAGGCAUCAUAAGGGGGCUCCAUUUUAGUACCACCUUGUCUUCAUUGUAUUUAGAUUGACAGCAGAUACUCUGUUUUUAGUUGUUGUGCUGUCUGAUUUCAAUCAGUUUUCGCUGUAAUAAAACGGUUGAUGGUUGCUUUGAUGGAACAUCACAUUCAGUUA